UUUAAAUAAUUCAAAAUGUUAUUACACUCGUGUCAGUUUUGUAGUCCAAUUUUCUAGAUUAUCUAGCUUCAAUUGUUUAUGGUCUCGUGAACUUCAACAGGUACAGGAUGUCACCCAGGAUAUGUUCGAUGUCUCAAUAAGUCUGAGACUUGCAUCAGUUUCAGUUCAGUCUGCAAUGGCCGCUCCGAUUGCUUGGAUGGGAGUGAUGAAUUACUUUGUGAUAACUUUUCUUCAUGUUCUCAUAAAUGUUCACCUUGUACCGCAUUCGAAGCCGCAUGUACAAUCUACGGGGAUGACGUCAUUGAUGAGAACAGUUUCAGUCACGGAGUAAGAAAAUUGUACAUCAGAGGAAAUUCUACGAGUUAUGGAGACUUCCCGCGACUCAUCUCAUCCAGGCCUUUGUUAUUGUAUCUCGAGAUAACAGCAACCAGUAUGGCUGAGUUCCGUGGAAACGAAUGGAAUAGUCCAGUAAACCUUCAGCAGUUAUACAUCGAUCAUAACCAAAUCAGUGACAUCGAUUGUAAUGCCUUUGAUACCUACAGCAACCUCAUUAAGUUAAAAUUGUCUUCGAAUGCAAUUACCCAUUUGGAUUAUCUUCCAAGACUACCGGCACUGAUUGAUUUGCAUGCGUAUUACAACCAGAUAUCUGAAUUAGUUCCUGGGAAUUUUCGUGAUUCUUCUGCAUUAGAGAAAUUAUUCUGCAAUAAUAAUCGGUUAACAUCUCUUCGCAAUGGAUCGUUUGAUGGGUUGAUUGCUAUUCAAAUGAUGAUUUUAUCACAGAAUGAGAUAGGCUAUAUAGAAUCUGGUGUCUUCAACAACUUGACAACCCUAGAGUCCAUAUCUUUGUCUGGAAAUAGGAUAAAAUCCCUCAGUAAGAACACAUUCAGAGGACUUGUAAACCUGCAUACACUUGUUUUAAAUGAAAAUCGUAUAACAAAGAUUCUCCCUCAUACGUUCAAGACCCUAUCAGGACUGCAGAAAUUAUAUUUACGAAUUAAUCAAUUAACCAAUCUGGAUGGGCUUGAAGGAGAUGAUCACCCAUUUCUAAUCAGACUGGAUGUCAGCUCCAAUUUACUAAACAAUCUCGACGCUGGAAAGUUCCGGAGUUAUGCUUCUUUAAUAACAUUGUCUGUAAGCGACAACCCCCUUGAAAAGUUGUCCUCUGGGGUAUUCUACGGAGGACCUUCUCUUAAAAUCAUAAUGAUAUCAACUUGCAAUGUAUCUGAAAUAGAGGUUGGGGCCUUUCGCGGGAAUAUGAGCAGGAUAGAUUUGAACUCGAAUUGCCUAUCGGAACUGAAUGCAAGUACAUUUGAAGAUCUGCCAGCCUUAGAAACUGUAGACGUUAGAGGGAAUUUCAUCUCACAAAUCGAUCGUCAUGCUUUCCGACGAACUCCUUCAUUGACGAAAGUACUACUACUGAAGAAUAAUAUCACCCAAAUAAACUCCAGCACGUUUGCAAACCUUAAUACCGUGGAUGAACUAAACCUCAGUUUUAAUCCAGUGGAAACAAUCGAACCCGGGGCAUUUCUUAACAUGACAAAACUACAUCAACUUCACCUAGUAAGAGUAAAGCUAAAGCGGAUUCAGCCAAGGUCAUUUGAUGGACUCCAGUCGUUAAAACAAUUAUCUACCGAUGAUUACCGUUUGUGCUGCUUAUUUACAAACAUCACCUGUUCUGUCAUCAACCCAACGCCUCUGGACUCCUGCUCCCGUUUGACGAAUAACGAUGUCCUCAGCGUAGCAGUGUGGUUUAUUGGGUUUGGCGCCCUCAUCGGUAACCUCUUAGUUAUUUUCAUUCGUUCUAGAGAGGACAGGUACCACGGAAACAGUGUUCAGAGACUGUUCAUCACGAACCUGGCCAUUGCGGAUUUUCUCAUGGGUGUGUACAUGGUGACCAUAGCAUCGGCCGAUAUCUAUUACGGCGACCGAUACUAUCUCUCGGCGCCUCUAUGGAAGGAAUCGUCUCUUUGUCGGUGGGCAGGGUUCGUAGCGCUUUUGUCCAGCGAGAGUACGGUGUUCCUGCUUGCUCUGAUCACCCUCGAUCGUUUCAUCUGCAUCACCUUUCCUUUCGGAACAGUGCGAUUCCGUCCCAAGUCGGCGCAGAUCUGCGUUGUUGUAGUAUGGAUGGUGACUUUCAGUCUCAGUUUCGCACCCACCUUGACCGGUUUGACGGGUUCUGCGAUUUACGGCUUAUCCGACGUUUGUAUUGGCCUCCCGUUUAAUACCUAUACAGAACGUAAUGGUUACAUCAAGUUUCAUCACGAAAGAGAGGUAUACGAGUUCUCGGUCGAUGGAGAAUCUAAACAACGUCCCUACUGGUUGUACUCCAUCGCCCUUUUCCUGGGUGUUAAUUUCAUUCUUCUUAUCCUGAUCUUCUUCUGCUACUUAGUGAUCUUUCUCCAAGUUCGAAGAUCUGCAAAGAUCACUGGAUCAGAGAGGAUGAAGCGAGAGAUGCGCAUGACUGCCAAGAUGGCGCUGAUCGUCGGUACUGAUUUUUGUUGUUGGAUGCCAGUCAUCAUCAUGGGGAUCUUGUCUCAGACAGGAGUGAUCGACCUACCGGUAUCCCUGUAUGCAUGGGCAGUGGUUUUUAUCUUACCCAUUAACUCCACUGUAAACCCGUACCUUUACUCCUUCGUGGCUCUCUGCUCCCAGAAGAAGGACAGGUUUCCACUUUCUCGUGUCGGCGUGAAUGAUCCUCAUAUGACUGAUUUAACUAAGACACGUAAAAUGAAACAUGAAGAAUGAUUGUAAGAUCAUUGGCAUAGAAAACGUUCUGAAAAAUGUCAUAAUACCAUUCAUGCCUAUAGGAUGAAUCUAUAUUCUGGUGAAUUUGGAGUAAAACUUGUUAAUUAUUACCGCAGUAGACAUAUCAAGUACUUAAGCUAAAUAUAUUGAUGAAGUACAGCCGUGGCAACGUAACGGAAAGGAAAAUGAUUGACAGUGGAAAUACUGGAAGUAUGAAUGUACAAUAUACAGACAUUUAAUAAUAAAAUGAUAAGUUUGACAGUUGGUACUGUGGGUAUGUCAAUAGACGCAUAUAUAUAGUGAUUGUAAGAAUUUUUCGAAAUAGGUAGAGGAUAGUUUUCCUGAUUAAUGGAUUACCAAACGAUUUUUGAAAUUCAAAACUUUUACGAGUAUAUCCUUAUUUUUCACUCGGGGUUAUUCCCAGUUACUAAUGAUCGUAUGUUUUCUUAAAUUCUUGACCCUUUACAAGGCAUUUUUUAAGUAAUGGUACUAUAUCGUAUUUGAUUCUGUGCAACUUACAAUAGUAAUUUUUCGUUUCCAUCUCAUCUCGUCAAUAUCGACGUUAUGUCGUCCCCCAUGGAGGCCGAAAAUGUGUUAUUUAAGUUUCACUACGAAUCAAUCGCAACCCAUGAGCAUCACCAUUACAUUUCCAAUUUUAUUUUGCAUAUAUAACGUUGACAUUUCAAACUCAAUAAGUAGCUGGACAGUCCAAAAGAGGGCAUCUAUCUUUUUCUUGACCUAAGUUUGGGUACAGUAUCACUAUGAUAAUAUUGACAAUCCAUGCGAACAAGCAACUGCGCCAGUAAACAAUUUACUCUGACCCAUGGAGCAAUGUUGCUGGCUUUUCUUUUACGAAACCCACAGGGGAAAGUGAACGAUUUUUGAAGAGGGUGUGCUUGUUUGAAAGCCAAGAAAUGGCUGGCACAACAGGGAAGGUUUUCACUCGAAAACGAAGGUGAUUUUGGUCUGAAAACCGCCAUUUACGCAAGAAGCAUUACCUAUAAUAACAAAUAUUCUAAUGAGCAUAAAAAUGUAGUUCUGUCAGUUCCAUUGCUCCAUGUGUAUGCUAAAACAUCUGAAGUUGAAAUUUACCAAUGGAAAUAAUCCAAACACAGGUGCAAAAUUUAGUAAACCAUUCCCACGACUAAGAUGUCAAUUUAUUUUGUAACAACGACAGUUCAAUCAUUAAAUUGAAUUAAAGUGUUUUUCAUGUUUGAUUUAAACGACAAAGUUGACGUCUCAAUCGAACAUCGUUGCCAUUCUCCCAAAGAUUCUCGCUCAUAAAUUAACCCUGAUAUCCACACGUUUUUGUGUUAUUUUACAGUGGUUAUAUACUUGUUUAAAAGAUGAUAUUUUAGAUCGAUUAAAGGAAGAUCAAAUAUGA